CAACACCAACUGCUCUUCUCAGCUUGUAAACCAAGAAAAGCACAACUUGAAAACGCCCAGACCGAGAGACAGAGAGAAACGAAAGAAAACUGAAGGAAGAAAUGAAGCUAGUUUGGUCUCCAGAGACAGCAUCCAAGGCUUAUAUUGAUACUGUUAAAUCUUGUGAACUUUAUCAUGAAUCUGGUGUAGCAGAGCUUGUUUCAGCCAUGGCUGCAGGCUGGAACGCGAGAUUCAUUGUGGAGACGUGGUCACAGGGCGGAGCUACCGCAUCAAGCAUCGGCCUGGCGGUUGCUGGCAGCCAUACGAAUGGAAGACACGUCUGUAUAGUCCCUGAUGAAAGAUAGACUAGAUACGUCCAGGCCCUGGAAGAAGCCGGAAUGUCGCCUGAAGUCAUUGUUGGAGAACCUGAGGAGGUAAUGAAUGGAUUAAAUGGCAUAGAUUUCAUGGUGGUGGAUAGCCAGCGAAAGGACUUUUUCAGGGUCUUAAGGCUGGCAAAACUGAGUAACAGGGGGGCAGUUCUGGUAUGCAAGAAUGCUAAUUCCAGAAGUGCUUCAAGUUUCAGAUGGAGAAGUGUUAUCGAUGACAGAUCACGCCGGCUCGUGCGUUCUGUGUUUCUUCCGGUAGGGAAAGGCUUGGAUAUUGCCCAUGUAGCAGCCAGUGGAGGAAAUUCAGGUUCAGGCAAGGGAGAAAGCCGCUGGAUCAAGCACGUUGAUCGACAAUCAGGGGAAGUACAUGUCAUACGAAAGUAGAGUCAUUUCCUAUUACUUCUGUAGAAAAGGAGAAUACAAUUGUAUGUACGUUUCUUUUCAACUUCUUUGUUCUUGACUCUUGACUUGUACUUGUACAGAAAUUUUGAACCUGAAAAAUUGUUUAGAAGAACAUUCCAAUCACCUCGUUGAAUCAAUUAAUACUUUUCAA